AAAAUGCGACUCUUCAAAUGUGUGAUACUUGGUCACACACAGGCUGGCAAAAGCAGUCUGCUAAGGACAUACAUAAACAAAACUUUCUGCGGAAAUUUGGAUGCUACCACCAAUGAACUGUAUACAAUACAAAUCCAAGCCCCAAAUGGCUACAUGGCAGAUCUACAAUUAUGGGAUACGUCAGGUCUUGUAACCAAUGAUUAUAUAAGCCGUUUAUAUUUUCCCAACACGGAUGUUUUUCUCAUAUGCUAUUCAGCGGCCGAUGGUGCGGCUAUCGUAUUGGUUGCCACCAAAACUGAUUUGCGUGAUGAUGUGGCACAUCUCAAAAAAUGGAAUCUAAAAGCCAUAAACUAUGAGGCAGGUCAACAAUUAGCUGCAGAAAUAAAAGCUCUGAAAUAUCUUGAAUGUUCAGCCCUGGAGGAAGUUGGAGUUUCGGCAGUGUUUGAUGCUGUGGAGGCAGCAUGUGUCAAAAAUUGUAUGUCAUCUAAUAGUAUGGAUUAUGAAAAUGAAGAAAAGCAGGGUGAGAAUGAAAAAUUAGAGGGAGUAAAUAAAUGCAGUAUUAUGUAA